GCUGGCCCUUCGCCGCUUUCUGGUCACUGCUCUGUACUUUUGAGUCCAGAGAGCUCCGCCUACGUAGGGGGACACUGCGUUUUACGUAAUCAAAAUGACUGGCGGAAAGGAGAGUCUUUUAUAGCAUAUUGAGCCAAAUAGAUUGAUUGAUCGAGGGCUAGCGCGGUUUCCACCAUCAGUGACAAAAAAACAGUAUCUUGUGGGGCGUUAGUUCCUGUGAUAUGUUUCGCUUCGCCUUUUUCCUAGGUGAGUGGAUGUAAGUGGAUGUUUGGGCUGAGAUGAGAAAGUAACCGUUCGCUGUAAAACCACUAGGCCGUUCAACACCGAACGUGGUGCUCGCGCCAGUUGAAGGCUGGAGGCGAAUAUAAAGAUGAUUUUCUCUUCGCAGGAGAUACAUAGUUGUGGACUUGUUACAACGCCGUUCAACACAGGCGAUGGUUUUGGUGAAGCCAUAGAAAAGCGAAUCGAGACCGUGCAUCACGUCUUGGCAUAACUUCCAGUGGUGAAUUUGAGAAUUAAAAACUUGACGCCUAAUGAAAACUGGAUAGUUCUGUUCUCCUGGAACCUGGAUCCUAACAGGUCAUGGCUAGCAGACAGCCAGUUGAUCUUACGCUUGCCUGGGAAAAGUACAUGGAUUAUCGUGCCCAGGGUGCAGAUCUUCAGGUCAGUCUGCAACACUUGGAAAGCUUCCUGUGUUUGUUCCACUGUGUGCAACAACUCAGUGAGCCUGAGGCCCUUAGGUUCUGUUCUGAUAUGAGUGGUGCCAGUAAUACUCUGGCAAGGGAGUUCCUGACAGAUGUCCACCAGCUUUGUAGUGCUGUGGCUCAGCAGGCAGAGGCCCAGAGGAUGGAAGAAGAGGAGGAAAGUCACAUGGUGGCUCUGGGAGAGUACUUGGUUCGAGGCCGUGGCUUCCUGCUGUUAAGCACCCUGGAUUCAGUAAUCGAUCAGGAGCUGACCUGCCGGGAAGAGCUGCUCACUCUUUUGUUGUCACUGCUACCGCUAGUCUGGAAGAUUCCUGUUCAGGAAGAAAGAGCCCCAGAUUUUACUCUACCUUCACUCCUGGAAGUACAUCUAAACCGAGAAGAAAAAGCUGGUGGUCUGAAGGUGGAAAAAGAGAAAAGUGAUUCUGAUACCCAAACCUCUGGGACACGAUCGUGUGGCAGUUGGAAGUCCCGACGUACACGUAGAACAGCACAGAGAUACUCAGUGAGGGAUGCAUGCAAGUCCCAGCUUACCACAUCUGAUUCUGAAGCCAAUUCAGACGAAAAAGCUGCAAGCACGGGGACCAAACAUCGCAGGUCCCAUGGUUCAUCAUUUCGUGUCAGUUGCCAGCAUCACCAGUCUGUCAUUCCACAGCAACAGCCAGUGCAGUAUUCUAGUGUGGAUGUUAUGAGCAGUCUAGAAAGAUCCCAGCCUAAUGUGAGGCUCUUUGGAUCCCUACAACCCGAUAACAAAACACUAACUGAUCCCACUGCUCUUUCUGUUUUGAACCGUAUGGAAAAUUCACCUUUUGACCUCUGUCAUGUUUUACUCUCCCUUCUGGAGAAGGUCUGCAAAUUUGACAUGACCAUAAAUCACAACCCAGGCCUUGCGGUCAGUGUUGUUCCCACACUCACUGAAAUUCUUACAGAGUUUGGUGACUGCUGUGGACCUGGUAGCAGAAGUGGUGGGGGAGGGGUUGAUGAACUGGCUGAAGGCUGGACCGAGGAACCCAUAGCCCUUGUUCAAAGAAUGCUUUUGCGUACCAUCCUGCACUUGAUGUCUGUAGAUGUGGGUCAGAGUGAGGCACUACCUGAUAAUCUGCGCCAAAGCCUAACUGACUUACUCAGUGCCACGUUGAAGAUCCACACCAGCCUUGGAAGACAAGCUUACCCCUUUGCUCCCCGACCCAAAAAGACCCUGCAGGAGGUACAAGAGGACUUUGGCAUCUCUAAGUAUCGUCACAGGGCCCUGCUUCUGCCAGAACUUCUUGAGGGCAUCCUUCAGCUUUUACUUGGCUGCUUGCAAGCCUCUGCCCCUAAUCCUUUUUUCUUCAGUCAAGCUCUUGAACUGGUUCAUGAGUUUGUGCAGCACCGUGGCCUUGAGUUGUUUGAAGCAACUUGUCUUCAUCUUGAAGCCCUAGGUGGUGCUCAGGAUUCUGAGGGGGGUGAAGCCUCAGAACGUCUGCGUGGCCUAAUUGCUGGUGUGCUUAAGAUAAUAAGUGCAGUAAAAAAAGCCAAGUCAGAGCAAUUGCACCAGUCUGUUUGUGCACGCCGUCGCCACAGACGCUGCGAGUACUCCCAUUUUUUGCACCAUCAUCGCGACCUCUCAGGACUGCCCGUCUCUGCCUUCAAGCAGGCAACUCGUCGCAACCCUUUUGAGGAGGAUGCUGAGGGUAGUGAUGUACAAGUGUGCUACCCUUAUCGCUGUUGCUGUCUUGCAGCCUGUGCACACCAGUGUCUGCGCCUUCUCCAACGCCUGUCACCGUCAGGACCUGCGGUGCUGCAGGUGCUGGCUGGCAUGCAGGCAGUCGGUAUUUGUUGCUGCAUGGACCCACGUUCAGUUAUAGGUCCUCUUCUUCAAGCAUUUCAAGCACCAGGACUGCGCAGCUAUCAGUCCCAUGUUCUAAAUGUGCUUAGCAGGCUUGUACUGGAGCAGCUUGGAGGAGGACAGCCCUCAGAGAAGGCCAAACUUGCCUCAUGUAACAUCUGUACAGUGGACAGCAGCCAGAUAUCUGCCAUUGAAGAGACUUUGCAUGGCUAUGGGCCAGGAAAAGAGAUGACCUUCUCUACCUCUCCCUAUCCCUCGUACUACUCACAGGGUGUCUUGCCAAGCACGGGGUCUGAGGACAUGCUCUGGAAGUGGGAUGCAUUAAAAACUUACCAGGACAUAGUGUUUGGUGGAGACUGGCAGUUGAGUCAACAGGUUGCCAGUCAUGUGUGCCAGCUUACCUUGCGAGGCAAUGCAGUGGUACAGUGGCAACUGUAUACUUACAUUUUUAAUCCUGUGCUUCAGAAGGGCGUGGAACUAGUUCACCAUGCCCAACAGCUAGGUGUGUCCAGUACAUGUUCCCAGGUCUGCAGCUACCAUACCCAGUGUUUCCCUGUGGAGGUCCUGCUUGUUUAUCUUCAGACACUACCUGCUUUACUCAAAUCAAGCACAGUGGUGCAGGGCCUGUUCUUUAGCUGUAAUGGGCUGAACCAGGUCACUGAGUUGAUCCAUCUAGAUUACACUCGACCUUGGGCCCUGAAGGUGUUUGAGAUGCUGAUCUUAAGUGGCUGGGAUCAGCAAAUGAACUGUGCUCUACAAGAGCUGGGGAAAGUUGAAGACCAAGAGAGAGGGGCUGUACUUGGGCUCAGAGAAGACUCAGGGUCUCGUGGGACAGGAGAUGGCCCACAGAGCCUCAGCAAGUUCUAUGAGGGCCUGAAAGAGGCAUGUCCACAUCGGCGGGGCAGAAGUGUUGGUGGAAUUGGGCCUAACCAUGGAGAAGCACAUUUAAACACUAUUAAUCUUUUCUUGUGUGUGGCCUUCCUGUGUGUCAGCAAGGACGCUGACUCUGACAGGGACUCUGCGAACGACUCUGAGGAUACCUCCGGCUAUGACAGUACAGCCAGCGAACCCCUGGGGGGACGUUUACCAUGCUUGUUACUGGACAAUGUAGCACUGCCUUCCAAGGAGCAGGUGAGGCGAGCAGCAGACGUGUGGUCCAUAUGCCGCUGGAUCUGCCUGGCUAGUCCAGUUUUCCAAAGACAGUUCUUCAGGCUGGGUGGCCUGGAUGUCUGCCACCGCCUCAUGGCAAUGGUCAUACAGAAACUUACCUCCAAAAUCAAGGACAGUAAAGUUAAGAAAAAGAGAGAGGGCAAGGGCAAAGCAAGCCCAUCUCAUUCAGACUCUCCUACUGUGACAAGAGUGCAGACAGAGGCUAUACCCACAGCACCUGGAUCACAGGAGAUACACCAGCAGGACCUCAGCAGCUCCUUGAUUUUUAGUCAAGUGGAGGGCAGGAGCAAGGACCCAGCAUACAAGCUGGAAGAGGAGUGGCUUUUGCAGAACAUUCGGCUACUGGAAGCCCUUCUGGCUAUCUGUCUCCACAGCGCCAACACGGCCCUGCAGAAACUUGAGCCAGAUCUUUCAUUCCAGCUUCAGUCAGUGGAGGACACUCUGUGUGAGGUGAAGGAUCAGCUGUCUCACUCUGGUGUGGUGAACUCUGAUCUGGCUGUUCCUCUGUUUGACUCUUUGUUGCGUGUGGCGCUGGCUGAGGUGUGCAGCACUCCAGUUGCUGUUGAGGAGAAACUGGAAAAGAAGAGUCAGGGGGACAGUGAGGCACUGGCUCCAUCAGGAGAUGUAUCGGAAGAAGCAGAUGAAGCUCAGGUGUGUGGUUUUCAAGCUCUCAUAGAGGAGGAAGGCUACGAGGCUGACAGUGAGAGCAACCCUGAGGAUUCUGCCUGGCGGGAGGAAGGUGUGAAGGUGGAGGUGGCAGCCUCACCAGGAGAAUGUGCAUUUGGGCUUACCGGUGUGGCCCAGGGCCCUGGCCAAGGCCUGCUGCUCUUCCCUGAGAUUUGCCUCAUGGAGCUGCAGCUGCUGGCCAGCAGCUCACCAGACCUGGAAGUGCUGGACCAUGUAUUGCAGAACCUGCUUGAAGCUGUGCGAGGCCACCAUUGCAAUGCAGCAUUGAUCUACCAACGGGGCGGUGUGAAAAGCAUUCUGACUGGCUUUCAGAACAUUCUCAGCCAAACAGAUCCCUCCUAUAAAGAGUGCCAGGCAGUGCUUGUGGAGCUGCUGGUUGCCUUGGUGAACAACAGGAUGACAGCAGAAGAGCUGGCCUUAUUGAUUCGUCUUUUCCUGGCCAAGACGCCUCCCACUGAGAUCCUGCUGAAUGGUAUUCUCAAGAUGGCGCUAGCUAAUGCAGAUACAGAGCCCCUGCACUACCUGUCCUUUCCUAUGCUCUUGGGCAUCAGUGCCCCAAGCACAAGCUCCUUUGUGGGGCUGAAGACUAAUGUGGCGGCUGGAGCCACAGCAGGGAUGGGCAUGCUCUGGAGGGGCAAACAGUCCUCAGGCCAGGAUGAAGGUGUCAGACAUCCAGGGCACUCAAAAACUUCCCCCUGGCACAUCGCUCCUCUCCACCUUCCUCUGGUGGGGCAGAAUUGCUGGCCACAUAUGGCCAGCGGCUUCAGCGCAUCACUCUGGGUACGAGCUGUAAAGAGUGAGGAUGAGGAGGGGCCAUCACACCAAGUAAAAGGUGAGAAGGUGAUGUGGGUUGAUGGAGUCCAACGUGGUGCCUCUCAGCUGGUGGAAUGUCAAGGAGAGGAGGGCCUCUUGCAUGUGCUCUCAAUGGGCUCCAAAGCCCUAAUGCUGCAAGUCUGGGCAGACGUUUCUACUGGAGCCUGCACCUUCAGGAUCUGCAUUGAUCCCAAUGAUGAGAUGAAGGCUGGUCUUCUGGCCCAGACCGAGUCUGGUGAAGGAGUUCUGACCGCAGGCCUGUGGCAGCACUUGGCUUUUACCUACACACAACAACCUGAGGGCAAGAAGAACAUCCAUGGCCAUCUGGUGCUUUGGGCAUGUGGCAUUAAGAAGUGUGAGGUCUCGUUAGACUACACCCUCCCCAGGAAGUCCAGUCUGUCAUCUGAGAGUAACAAGACGUUCUGUAUGCUGGGCCAUUGUUUAUCCCCCUCGGAAGAGCUGCCUCGGCCUGCGAAUCAACGCUUGGAGAUCGGCACCCUUUUCCUGUUUAAUGGCUCUAGAAUCAACACUGAGGAAGCCUUUUACCUGUACGCAAGUGGCCCCGACCUCACUUCCAUCAUGCCAUGCAAGUAUGGCAAACCCAGCGGGACAUUGUCCAAGUACAUUACUCAGGAAAGUCUUCAAUGUGAGCAGAUUCGGGACCUGCUGAUGAGGAAUUCUGAAGUAGACACAUCGCUUCUUAUUGAGAGUCUAGCAGUUGUCUACUCUCCCAGUAGCCCAUCUGUCUACACCAUUUAUGAACCAGUCAUCCGUCUGAAGGGCCAGACCAAGAUAACUGUAGCAUCCCAAAGGCCGUUCAGUGCUAAAGAGGUCCAGAGCUUCAUGCUUGAACCAUCUUCACUUAGGAGCCUGCAGGCCUCCCAGCCCUUUGGCCUCCACAGCUGCCUGCAUAAAAUCGGUGGAAUGGGUGCAUUUGUCUUCCUCUUUGCUCGGUCAGUGGAGUUGAGUGAUUGUGAGAGGACGCAGGCACUGGCUCUGCAGGUGCUGUUAUCCCUGGUUAAGUACAAUCAGCAUCGCUCACACGAGAUGGAGUGUUAUCAUGGUUACUCUAUGAUUCACCAAGUCCUCAUCAAGACGAAGUGCAUUGUAGGAUAUCAUAUCCUUAAGACUCUGCUGGACGGCUGCUGCAGUGGCUCAAUCCUGAUGGUAGGGGAGGAUGGCCAGUGGCAUCUGGAUACUGAAUCCACUGCUGUGGUGCAGGACCUCAGGCUGCUCUCUGAAGUACUACUGGACUGGAAUAUAUGGGCCAAAGCUCAGAUUGGAGUCUGGGAGACACUGCUGGUUGCUCUGGAGAUCCUCAUCAGAGUGCACCAUCCACAACAAACAUUCAAUAUUCGUCAGCUCCUCAAAGCUCAGGUUGUGCAUCGCUUUUUGCUCACCUGCCAGGUUCUGCAGGAGAAUCGGGAUGAGCACCUCACAUCCAUCCCACAGGAAGUUUGCUUCUCCUUCAUCAAAAUCAUCCAGGAAGUGUUGGGCUCUCCCCCUGACCUUGACCUGCUGCGCCUGCUCUAUAACUUUCUGCUGGCUGUACACCCACCUACAAACACAUACGUGUGUCACACCCCCUCCAGCUUCUACUUCUCUCUGCACGUCGAUGGAAAGCAGUACCAGGAGAAGGUUCAGUCCAUGAUGUACCUGCGCCACUCCAGCAGUGGGGGGAAGUCUGCCUGCAGCUCUGUGCUCUCUCUCUCCCCUACACCUUUCACUGAGAUACGAUCUGAAGUGCACCAGCCUCCCUCUUCAGAACAUGGAGGUGAUGACCUCUCCUUGCUCCUUCCUCCCAGCUCCUUUCCUUCUUUUCACUCAUCCCCUGCCUUUGUGGAAUGUCGGGUUCGCCAAGACUCAGUCAAACCACCAAAGCGAGAUCAGGAAGCAUCCCUGACUACCCACCAGACUCUGGGCAGCACAGAGACACUGAAGCGGGGCGAGGUUGAGCACCUUCUUAGCAGCUGUGAGUCAGCCAAGACAAUCUGUGACACUCAGGACGUGGAUGAGGUCGAGCAGGCCUCUCACACCCGUUCCAUCAGCAUGGAGGGGGAGCAGGAGGCUCCGAUAGACAGCUCAGUAGGGGGAAGUGCCAUCACAGAAUCAGAGGGUCAUGCACAUUUGGCCGUAGAGGAUGCACCACAUAGGCCAGACAGCCUGAAAGGUAUUCAGUCCUUUCAGAGGAGCCAGAGCGACCUGGCCAGCUUGGGCCUAGCCUUUCCUGCACAUAAUGGCUCUCUGGCAAUCGCUCGCUGGCCCAGCGUGUCUGACCGCAGUGCUCCAUCUGAUGACUGGGAGGGCUACACCUACUCACCUGGCUAUGAGAGAGCACACAGCAAGACUGAUUCCACCAGUGAUGGGACUGUUACAGAGGACUGCUUGGUACUGAUCUGCUGUGGGCUGUAUGAUCUGCUGAGAGGUGUUCUUCUGUUGCUGCCAGACCUCAUGCUAGAGGAAGUGAUGGACAAACUGAUACAGCCAGAGGCCCUGAUUGUGCUGGUCAACCACUCUUCCCCCCUGAUACAGCAAGGGGUCAUGAAGCUCCUGGAUGCAUACUUUAGCCGAGCCCAGAAGGAGCAGAAGGAGAAAUUCCUAAGGAACCAUGGCUUUUCUCUACUGGCCAACCAGCUGUACCUGCACCAAGGAACUCAAGCCGUGUUGGAGUGCUGUCUGGAGAUGCUGUUUGGUCGGCCUGUGAACCUAGAGGAGGAUCUUUACCUGGAGGACAUGGAAAGCAUUUCUCCAUUUAGGAAGCGCUCUGUGGUGCCCAUGCUGGGGUUGCUGGAGAACUCCCUGUAUGAGAACUCGUUGAUCCACAAUGCCAUGUGUGUGCUGCUGCAGCUCUUGAACACUUGCCCCAAACUGGCUGACAUCCUGCUGGACCACGGCCUACUUUAUGUGCUCAUCAACACACUGUCCACCCUCAAUGGUCUGGAGAAUGGGAUUUCUGCGAAUGACUACAAGCUGCUGGUGUGUGAUAUCCAACAACUACUUGUGGUGGUGACUAUCCAUGCCUGCAGUUCCUCAGGCUCCCAGUACUUUCGCAUCAUUGAGGAUCUUAUCACCUUGCUGGGCUUCAUGCAGAGCAGCAAAGUACACCGCACUCAAGAACUGGCGAUGGCCCUGCAGUUCCGCGUCCUCCAGUCAGCUAUUGACUUCAUUAUGACAACAGCUCAUCAGGACCCUCAGAAGAUGAGCACCGCUAUUCACAUCCCUGCUUCACCACAUCAUACUCUCCAUCAGAAGCGCAAAAGCAUUGCAGGUAUAGUGGGCCUGAAAGACUCUAUAAUCCCCCGCCUUUCCCGCCAACACUACUGUUCUUAUGGCCAGAUUCCCUUGCCCCCUGCAUUCACCUUCCUGUCCCUGGACACCCCCCUCCCUUCCCCCACUGGAUCCUGUUCAUAUGUUGCUUCCUCUGACACAGGCCAACGGCAGCUUUCCUUAGUACAGUCGGAUUCUUUGCUGAUGCGGAUGCGCUCAGUAGCCAGUGAUGAGCUCACUCAGAUGAUGCAGCGGCGGAUGAGCCAGGAGAACCCCAUCAGAGCCAGUGAGACCGAAUUUAUCCAGAGACUGCAAAGGCUUGUGGUGCUGGCCGUCAACAGAAUCAUGUACUAUGACAACAGUAAGGACUUUCUUGACCUCUUAAACUUUCCGGAGACGCCUGAUCACAUGGUGACCACACCCUCACCUGGUGAACAGGUAUCAGAAGAGAAUAGCUUUACCCUUCCCACUCCUUUCCCUCUGGCCAAUAUGAGGUGCUUUCAGAAAGACAUCCUGAAGCUUAUGAUGGAGGGGAUAAAGAUCGGCCUGGGUACUAUGGGUCGUGGUGGAGCUCCACGACAACAGUGGCAACGUAUUCUCUGGUCUUGUCGGGACACGUUCAGGGUCCAGAUCGGCCGCCUUCUAGUGCACACCCUCAGUCCUUCACUGCCUCUUGAGGACAGAAAGGAGGCACUAGAGUUUGUCAAUGAGCAGAAACAUCCAGACAUCCUGAGAGAGAGCCUUAGUCCUGGCUUGGAGCAUGGACCCAAGCUUGCUCUCUACCUGUAUGAGAUGCUACAUGACCACAAAGACAGCCUCACUAAGGAAGAGCAGGCUGCUGCUAACACCUUUAUGACUUCGCUGAAGCUAUGCGGCCAUCGCAGCAUCCCACCUAAUGCCCCGCCCAAGCCGGACCUACUCAAAGCUAUCAAGGAGGAACAACUCAAAUAUGAGUCAGAGGGAAGAACAAGCAAAGGGGCAUGGGAAAAGAAAUUGGCCAGUGCCCAGAAGAUUUUAAUGCAGAGGCUAGAUGGUAAAUCGAAGGACAUUUCCAAGAUCGCAGCAGACAUCACUCAGAAUGUGUCUCUGAGACAGGGCAUGGAGAGGAAAAAAGUCAUCCAGCACAUCAGAGGCCUCUACAAAACUGACUUGAGUGCCAGCCGCCACUGGCAAGAGCUAGUACAACAGCUCACCCACGACCGGGCAGUGUGGUAUGACCAGUCAUCUUACCCCACUUCAUGGCAGUUGGAUCCCACUGAGGGGCCCAACCGGGAGCGGAGACGGCUGCAGCGCUGCUACCUCACAAUCCCCAAUAAAUACCUUCUCAAGGACCGGCACAAACCAGAGGCAGGCACCGUCAAGGCCCCACUGGCCUUUUUGUUUGAAGACAAAACCCAUUCCUCCACUGUGAAGGAUAAAGCCACAAGUGAGCCCAUCAGGUUUACACGGCGGUGCGUAAGUGUAGCACCCUCUAGAGAAACUGUAGGAGAACUGCUGCUGGGAAAAUCAGGGAUGUACUUUGUGGAGGACAAUGCAGCUGAGGCCAGUGACACUCAGCAGAUGCCUCAUGGAGAGACAGAACCUGCCUCCUUCUGCUGGACGUAUGAGGAGAUAAAGGAGGUGCACAAGCGCUGGUGGCAGCUCAGAGACAACGCUGUGGAAAUUUUCCUCACUAACGGUCGAACCCUGCUUCUGGCCUUUGACACCACAAAGUUUCGUGACGAUGUCUACCACAACAUUCUCACAUCAGAGCUGCCCAAUCUACUGGAGUAUGACAACAUAAACGCCCUCACACAGCUGUGGGGCUCCAGCCAAAUCACCAAUUUUGAAUACCUCACCCAUCUCAACAAGCAUGCAGGACGCUCUUUCAGUGACCUGAUGCAAUACCCAGUCUUCCCUUUCAUCCUGAGAGACUACAUUAGCGAGACUCUGGACUUGCAGGACCCGAAUAUCUACAGAAAUCUGAGCAAACCCAUUGCAGUACAAUCUAAAGAGAAAGAGGACCGAUAUGUGGACAACUACAGGUACUUGGAAGAGGAGUAUAAGAAGGGUGCUCGUGAGGAUGACCCCAUGCCACCUGUGCAGCCUUACCACUAUGGCUCCCAUUACUCCAACAGUGGUACCGUUCUUCAUUUCCUGGUCAGGAUGCCUCCCUUCACCAAAAUGUUCCUGGCGUACCAAGACCAGAGCUUUGAUAUUCCUGAUCGGACCUUCCACUCCAUGAACACCACUUGGAGACUCUCCUCCUAUGAGUCAAUGACAGACGUUAAGGAGCUCAUCCCAGAAUUCUUCUACCUGCCUGAAUUUUUGGUCAACAGAGAAGGUUUUGACUUUGGGGUUCGUCAGAAUAGUGAAAGGGUGAAUCAUGUAAAUCUGCCUCCCUGGGCCAGGAACGACCCCCGGCUCUUCGUCCUUAUCCACAGGCAGGCUCUGGAAUCAGACCAGGUGUCACAGACACUCUGCCAGUGGAUUGAUCUGGUCUUUGGCCUCAAGCAGAAGGGCAAGGCUGCCAUCCAGGCUAUCAAUGUUUUCCAUCCAGCGACGUAUUUUGGCAUGGAUGUGUCUGCGGUUGAAGACCCUGUGCAACGGCGCGCCUUGGAGACUAUGAUCAAGACGUAUGGCCAGACGCCCAGGCAGCUGUUUAAUGCCAUCCACAUCAGCCGGGCUAGUCCCAAACUCAUGAUGGAGGGAGAGCUGCCUGCAGCUAUGGGCCUCCUGGUGCAGCUGGCCUUCAGGGAGAGCCGUGAACAUAACAAAGAGAUUGUCUACCCGAGUCCUCUGCCAUGGAUCAAGGGACUGAAAUGGGGAGAAUAUGUGGGCUCACCCAGUGCUCCCGACCCAGUCGUGUGUUUCAGUCAGCCCCAUGGAGAGUGCUUUGGCUCCCUGCUGGCUCUGCCCACCCGUGCCAUCUGCGGCCUCUCCCGCAAAUUCUGCCUCAUGAUGAUCUACAGCAAGGAGCAGGGUGUCAGGAGUAUGCACAGUACAGAUAUUCAAUGGUCGGCCAUUCUGAGCUGGGGCUACACUGACAACAUGCUGCGACUCAAGAGCAAGCAGAGUGAACCUCCCAUAAACUUCAUUCAGUGCUCUCCACUACACCAGGUGACUAGUUGUGCCUGGGUGCCCGACGGUUGUCAGCUGUUUACAGGCAGUAAAUGUGGAGUCAUCACUGCCUACAGCACCCGCUUCUCCACCACCAUGUCCUCUGAGAUGGAUGUGGAAUCUCAGGUUCACUUGUAUGGCCACACAGAUGAGGUCACAGGCCUGUUUGUCUGCAAACCAUAUAGCAUCCUGAUCAGUGUCAGCCGAGACGGAACCUGUAUCAUCUGGGAUCUCAAUAGGUUGUGCUAUGUGCAAAGUCUCACUGGUCACAAAAGCCCUGUGAAUGCAGUGUCAGCGAGUGAGCCCACCGGAGACAUUGCUACCGUGUGCGACUCAGUGGGCGGAGGCAGUGACCUGCGACUGUGGACGGUGAAUGGCGAUCUAAUUGGUCAUGUACACUGUCGAGAGAUCAUCUGCUCAGUAGCCUUCUCCAAUCAGCCAGAGGGGGUGUCAGUUAAUGUGAUUGCAGGUGGGCUAGAGAAUGGCGUUGUGAGGCUAUGGAGCACAUGGGACCUGAAGCCAGUGAGAGAAAUAACCUUCCCCAAGUCCAACAAGCCAAUAAUAAGUCUUACGUUUUCGUGUGAUGGCCACCACCUCUACACAGCUAAUAUUGAGGGCACAGUGAUUGCCUGGUGUCGGCGGGACCAGCAGCGGAUGAAGCUGCCUAUGUUCUACUCCUUCCUGAGCAACUAUGCUGCAGGCUGAGACUGCUAGCCAAUUUGUUCAUGUCCUCCCAUCAGUCUUUCACGGGAUUAACAGACUCCUCCCACCUCCAAAUGAACCCGGCUGCCUCAGGAAGAGGAGGGGCCUGCAUGCACCAGACCCUGCCCCCUGACAAAUAUGCUCCACCACUCCAAGGCAUGAGACCACACCCCUCAGCGAGCAUACUGUGUGCUAAAAGCUAAUGCACUAUUAAAAAAAGUAUUAUGUAUAUAUUUAUAUUUUAAAUUUAAAUUAAUCUAUACUUGGGAAGAAGGAGGGGUAUUUACAUUUGACUGAAGUGAUUAAGGCCUUUUACCACUGGUUAUGUACUUUCAUGUUUUUGUGUAUUCUUUGUCAUUUAUUUGUUUAGUUUUUUGUUUUGUAUUGUUUCACAUUGCUAUUCGUUUUGUAGUGUUUAGUCUUUCCUUCAUGUUAAAAUGUUUUGUGUUUUAUUUUGCCAGUGUUUGACUUUGGAAGCUGCUGUAGUGGUUUGACAGCAUCACUCUCUCUUUUUGGUGGCUUCUGUGUUUCUGCUCAACCUGAGAAUUGAAAGUAUCUUUUGAAGCUAGAAAUUGACUAAACACUAAAGCAGGUGUCUUCACAAACUACACCAGCAGCCUUUGCAGAGUUAUUGGUAAAUCUUUUCAUUUAAAUCUCAUCUAAAGAUGCAGAGCUCAUUAUUUGCUGUGGCACACUGGACCCCGUACCAGCAGCAUACACUUGUGUGUGGAACGCAAAUGGAUGCGAGUUUGUAUGGCAAUGCAUGUAUUACUCAAUGCCUGGUUCAUUCCAUCUUCAGUGUAUGAUUUGUUUAGUUUUUCCUCCUGUUAAAUGAUAGCUAUAAUAUACAUACACACACACACGCUAUAUAUGCCUGUUGCUGCAUUUUUUAGAAACGUGACCCAAAUGAUAAGCAUGAACUUGUGCAAUAACUCAACAUGGUCUCAUUCAAAUGGGUUGACAACCAGUCCAUCCUCAGUGUUCGUGUGUGCCAGCUUUUUGAAUCUCAUUUAAUUCAUUGUCACAGUAUGGUUUGUGCAUGUAAUCUUCCAUUCCUUUCCAUUCGAAACAUUUCAAAAUGAUGUGUCCAGGAAAAAGUCUUUAACCCAGAAUAAUCACAGGAGAACAUCGGAGAGUCCAUAUAGCCUGCUUCUCUGUAAAGGUUUGGGUGCACAGUUAUGACUGAAAAUAGAAAGGUAACUUCAGGCUCCAGAAAGAGAAUGGUUUUGCCAAAUGAUAUACAAGUAAUACAAGGAUGAUCAUACAGAGAUACACUGCCUCUUUUUAGAUGUGUAGCGCCAUAUGAAACUGGCUUGUAACUCACUCCACAAAAUUCUCCACAAGGUGUCACCAUUAGAAAUCAAAUUGCUUUUGAUUUUGAUGAUUCAUAAGACAAUUGUUUCACACCAAUGACACUGUGCCCUUGUUACAGUGAAAAUGAUGUCUUGAAAGUGCAGUUUUUUUGGUUGUUUCCAAGAUGAUCUCUUGUCAUAGAGGUGGUUGCAAUGACACAUUUAGGUAUGGAAAUGAAGCAAGUUUACCAUUGUCCUGCACUGUUAUAUAUUACUAAAAUAACUAGCUUGAAGCCAUUGAACAGAGAUCCAAAGGAGGCCUGAAACCCAAAUUUAGACUUAAAAGUUGAUAUGUUUUGAUAAUGUGACAAUAACCUGUCAAAAGGUGUGAAAUGUUCCAAUCGAUGACCACGGAUGCCCCUUUUCCUUAUUUGUCCUCAGUCAUGGCCAAAUCAUACAAAGGGAAAGUUGUAUGCUUCCUUCGCUCUGUUAUUUGCUACAAUGUUUCAUUUGAUGCCCCCACUUCCACCUCAUUAUUUUACCUUUGGAAAACCUACCUAUGCCUUUAUUGUACACUUUACCUUAGUAGUUGUUAGGGAUAACAAAUGGUGUUUACAAUGCCCUUGAGUCCAUUUGAUUUUUGGUUCAUUUCUUAUUCUUAUUCGCACAUCACCCAUGAUUUUCCUUUAAUGGUGUUGUACAGCAUAUCAGGCCUGAGCUAUGAAAGAACCUGAUGUUACUCUGUGUUGUGGAGAUGUUCAGAAGGUGUUCCCUAAGAUGUAGACAAAAGUGUAGAACGUGUGAACUUGAUCAACAAAAAUCUAAAGAGGUCAUAUUUCUGUUUGUUCACUUGAUUCUAGUUCAACUAGUUCAGUUGAUUGUUUGCCUGACUGUUGUAAUCUAAGAUUGGUUGAUGUUCUGUUAACCAGUUCAGUCUUGAAUUUCAUAGGAAGGUGUAUGACUUACCAU